UUUUUUUUUUUUUUUUCCUUACAUCUUUAAAAUUACCUUUGUCAAAUGGACGACUACCUUACCGUAAAGGAGUUAGGAAAUGGUUCAUUCGGCACAGUUGUACAGGCAAAACACAACCAAACUGGUCAAGUGGUAGCGAUCAAAAAAAUGAAAAAGAAGUUUUCUUCGUGGGAUAAAGUGUGUGAACUUCGCGAAUUCAAGGCUUUAAGAACCCUACCGUCACACCCAAGUAUCAUUUCCCUAUUAGAAGCUUUUCUUAUACCGCAAACACGAGAAUUAUAUUUCGUUUUUGAAUAUAUGGAAGGUAAUCUUUAUCAAUUAAUAAAAGAUAGAAGAGGAAAAAAGUUGAAUGAAAAAAUUGUACAAUCUAUCAUAUUUCAAAUACUUGAAGGACUUUAUUUUAUUCAUUCAUAUGGAAUUUUUCAUCGUGAUAUGAAACCAGAAAAUAUCUUAAUAUCAACUCAAAAAAAAAUAACAUGUGAAUAUGAUGUAGAAAAUGAUCCUAAUACUAAAAAUAAUUGGUCAGACGAUAUAGAUGAUGAGUUUGAGUAUAUGGUAAAAGUUGGUGAUUUUGGUUUAGCGAGAGAGAUAAAAUCGAAACCUCCAUACACAGACUAUGUUAGUACAAGAUGGUAUCGUGCACCAGAAGUACUUUUACGUUCUAAUUCUUAUUCUGCACCAAUAGAUUUAUGGGCAGUUGGAACUAUUUUAGCAGAAUUGUUUACUCUAAAUCCUUUAUUUCCUGGAUAUAGUGAAAUAGAUCAAUUAUAUACAAUUUCUAAAGUAUUAGGAAGUCCAAAUGUUAAAUCAGAACUUAAUGUACAGACUGAUGGAAUUGGUGGAGGAGAAUGGAAAGAAGGUGUUAAACUAGCAAAGACAAUGGGAUUCUCUUUUCCACAGACACCCCCACAACCAUUAUCAAAUAUGUUUUCUCAAUCAACUCCACCUUAUUUUCUUGAAUUUCUUUCAAAUCUUUUGCUUUAUGAUCCAAAACAACGUCUUACUGCGUUAGAUGCUCUCAAGCAUCCAUAUUUUACUGAAAGCAAUUUAAUAUUUACACCGCUUAAUGAACUAGAGGAAAUUAAUUUAAAUAAGAGAAUGGAAAAAAAGAGAAAAAACGAUAGUUUUUUGUUCAAAAGAGGAAAUUUAUCUCCAGGUGACAAAAAGAACAAUAAUCGUUAUAUAUGGACUAAGGCAACAGAUGGACAUAACAAAGAUAUAGUUGAACUGUUUAACAGUGGACCUGCAUCACAUUUGCGACCUUUGGAUAUUGAAGCCGCAAAUAAUGUUAGACAAGAGGAAUUUGUACUUCCUACAAUUAAAGCUAUUAGUCCAUUUAGGACGUCUCAAGACAAUGGUUUUGGAGAUAAUAUGAAGUCUAUUGAACAAAGUAUAAUUAAUAAUCAUCUAGUAAGAGAGCAUGGAACGAUAAUGGAAGAAUAUGAGCAUGAGGAGACUUCAUCGAUAAGCAGACCUUAUACAGCACAUUGUAAUGGACAUGGAAGAAGAUCCAUAAUAGAUAACGCUAAACCAAUUCCUAUAUCGCGCGGUAGACAAGGGCAUGGUUUUAAUGGUGAUGUUCCUUCAAGGCACAAAUCAAAUUUAAGUAGAUCAUUUCAGUUUCCGCCCGUACAUAAAAGGGAUCGUUCUAGUGCAACAAGUGAAAUAGAUCAAAUGAUAAAAGAAAUUGAAAACAUGAAUCAAGGAAUUGAUUCAUCACAAAUUGAUUAUAUUUCGCCUAUAUCACCCAAGUCUGUUGAUUUACAAAGAUAUCAACUUCCAGAUGAUGUUAUGAGGUUUUUUGGAGCUGUGGAUGACUCAUCGCCUGUUCUAAGGAGAUCCUGUAGUAGAUCGAGAGAUUUUAUGAAAGUUCAUAGACGAUAUUCUUCAGCAUCAGCUACACAAGAAAUGUCACCUACAACAUUUGAUUUCCAGCAUCAAAAAAAACCAUCUGUUGCUUCAAGUCAAGACCAUACGAGGAAUGAUAGCGGAUUCUCUACUAACAGUACUAAUAAUUCAUCUUUGGAGAAUGAGAAGGAAAUACCAUCAUAUGCGACUAAAGUAUAUGGUCAACAUUUAAAAACUUGGCAACAAAUAUGUCAAGAAAAUGAGAUAUCAUCACAUGAUUCUCCUCUUAAUGAUGAUAACUUUGGUAUGUUGAUAAACGAUUCAUUCAAAUCGCCGGUAAUUCCUGAAUUUCGUGUUAGUGAUAUUUUAGGUAAUGAUAUUUUAAGUAAUGAUAUAUCACAAAGUAAGCAAGAGUCUCCAACAUCAGCGAACAAUAGCUUCUUUUCUAAUUUAAAGGCGGCAAUGAAAUCACAUGCAGUUUCACCUACAAAAAGAUAUGGAAUUUUCAGUUCUAAUCAUGAAAGUGCAUCUACAUCAACAACCCAACAAUCAACAUUAAAAUUACAACCACGGAUACAGCGUAGUAAAAGUAAUUCUGGUGCCAAAGAAACUAAAAAAGCUAAAUCAGCUAUAACAAAAAAACGUUCAUUUAUCUUUGAUUCAACGUCAGUUAGUGCUAAUUCAUUAUUUUCUUUAAAGGAUGAUAAUACAAUGAAAGAAUCAUCAUCCAAGGGUACAGGUGGAGAAAAGAAAGAUAAAAAACUUUCUAGUUCUCCUGGAUUGUUUGCCACAUUAGGAGCAAAAUUUCCAGGCGGUAAAGGAGGAGGUUCCGGAGGUUAAUUUUAUUCAUUAAUAAUAUUUAUUAUUAUUAGUCGGAGUUUCGGACAUUUGAUAUGAACAUUAUCAUAACAGGAUUAGAUAGAUAGAUAAAAGUAGACAAGUAAAUUUAGACAAAACAUUUAAUAAUACAAGUAUGUUAUGCGAUCAAAAUUGAAAUCAACAAAUUUUCUUUAGACAUUUGUAAAAUACAAUAAAAAUUUUCAUAUAUAACUUCAAAAACUUUUACUAAUUAUCACAAAUUAAUAUAAUACAG